AUGGAGAAUCACAGCAAAACCCAGCUUCAGAGUUUCCUCAAACAACUUCCUCCUGUUGAGUUCUGCUGUGUUUAUGGAUCAUCACUGCACCCAAAUCGUGAUAAUUCAACAAUGGUGGAUUGCAUUCUUGGAGUAUCAGACCCCCUACAAUGGCAUUCUGAGAAUCUGAAAUUGAACAAGGAUCACUAUGUCUCUUGGAUGGCGCUGCUCGGUGGGGCCAAACUGGUUACUAAUGUUGCAGAUCACAUAGGUGUAGGAGUGCACUUCAAUCCUUUUGUUAGUUGGAACGACAAGAUGCUCAAGUAUGGGGUUGUCCGCAUGCAUGACUUGGUGCAGGACAUAUCAAAUUGGGAGAGGUUCUACUUGAGUGGCCGGUUACAAAAGCCAGUUCAAAUAAUAUCUGAUAAUUUGGAUAUUGCAAAUCUAAACUCGGUUAAUUUGAGGGCUGCAAUAGCUGCUGCUCUCCUUCUUUUGCCAUCCAAGUUCACUGAGGUGGAUCUGUAUGCCAAAAUAUGUAGCCUCUCAUAUAUGGGUGACUUGCGUAUGCUCUUUGCAGAAGACAAAAAUAAGGUGAAGAAAAUAGUACAAGGACAAUUUGAAUUGUUUCAAUUAAUGUAUAAGCCAUUUAUUCAGGAGUAUGAGUCUAAAGAGUUAUUGAGAUACUCAUUGUCCGGAAAUCCUCGACCAGUCCUUUCUCAGGAUUCUGAUGUAUCAGCAGCUCGGUCCCUUGUUUCUUCUCUACCCCCACUAGUCAGAAGUCAAAUAGGAGUGAAGCUAGGAGAGAAGAAAAGGCUGUGCGACUCUGGUCGAGUUAUUAAUGAAGUUGUGAUUGGCUCAAGACAAGAGGCUGCUCAAUGCAUGCAGACAAUUCUGAAGCGAAAGGUAAUGGUCUCAAGCGCACGACAGGCUGUCUCUGGUCUCCUUGCUGUUGGUGGCGUUCAUGGCAUGAGAUAUCUUGGAGCUAAAAUGCGCAAGGCUUGGAAUUCAUGGAGAUGA